UCAUAGAUCAUCUGGUUUGACUUGUUAUACAUUAAGGGUAAAUCUCAAUAAUAACAAGUCACCUAAAAGUGAGUUGUCUUGGCUCCACCAUAUUGCUGUAAAAGUAAAAACAGCUGGUGGUAAUUUCCAGGCUUGUUAAUGGAAUUUCAAGUUUGUUCAAAAUGGUUUAAAAACGAGAUUUCACUGCUUAGGAGUAUCUAUUUGAUACUCAGCCUGUUCCCCAAAAAAAGUUUUACUAUUCUUUCUGCCCUUUCUACCAUUUCAGAAACUGAAAAUUAGGAAAGAUUAAAAAAUAUAGUGGUACUGAAUACUACUCAGUAAUACAAAUAAACAAGUCAAAUAUGAAUAGUUUAAUGCUUGCUUUAAGGUCACCAGAAUCUAACGAUAAUAAUACCUCAACAUAAAUUCAGAAACAGAAAAAGAUGUGAAAAUGAAUAUUAUUUUAUUUAAGGGGGUCCAAACACCUGUUUCCUUACUAACGAGACAGAACAAUUUAAGAGGGUAAUUAAAAGAUACCACUCCCUCCUAUAUGUUCAUAACAUUUUACAAGUUAGAUUAAACUCUUCAGUUUAGAUUGAAGCCUUCAGAAAGACAGAAUCAGUGACUUAGUUAUUUAGGCAUUCAUGGUGGAGAAGAGGAGAUACAUAUUGUUUUAAAGAUAGCUAAGUAAAAAAUAUUCUAAGGGCAAUAGCUGUGGAUUUUUUUUUUAUACCUUACCUGUAUUGAGGCUUCUGGGGAUUUUUCUCUAUGUUUAGCAACUCAUCAAUAAUCUCUGGUUUCUCCAUUCCUUGGCCAAUCAGAAAGAGAAUGGCCAUCAUGCAGCGGACUUGAUGAUAAAGGAAUGCCUGACCAGUCACUUCAAACUGACAUAACUGGAAAGGUUCUUGCCCUCUCUCCUCGCCUAGGCUUUGGCCCACUAGCAGUACUUGCGCACACACAACCGUCCUCUGAAAAUUAAUCACUCCAUUGGCUACAUCCAUUUUACACAAGUUCCUGAAAUCAUGUGUGCCGACAAACUUCUGAGCUGCAUAGUUCAUGGCUGCAAUAUCUAAAUCUGCACGAGGGAAAAAGUAGCGGUAAGUCCGUUCAAGACAGCUGAACCUGGCACUGAAGCUCGGUUCUACAGGGGCCCAGGCCAGUAUACGGAUGUCCGGAGGGAGCACCCGAUUAAGAAUGUGGGUAUAACGAAUUUCUUUAGUAGCAUCAUUGACUUCCUCUUGCAAAUUCUCUGAAUUCCAGUCCCUUGGAAAGUGAGAACGAAGGUCAAGAGAAAUCACCUGUGGAAUUAGAGAAAGAUGUUUUAGAGAUAUAACUAACUUGAAUCCUCAGUAUGUACACCCAGAAUACCUUGAUAUUGUUUUGAGAAACAACAUAUUGGUCCUUACCUGUCCAAAGGCACUAACUCCUUUGUCUGUUCGCCCACACCGGUGAUAGUUGGAUGUCUGUCUGCUUUCUACUAGUCGAGUCUUGAUAAGAGCCUCAAACAGUUUCUCUUCAAUGGUAUUGUUUGUGUUUUCCUGACUGGCAAAGCCCUGGUAUCCCCAGCCUAGAUAGGCUAUCCUCAGGGCUACAUGUCUUCGGCCAUGAGCACUAAAAUCAAAUGCACGCUUAGCUUUUCCAGCUCCAGAAGAAUCUUCUCCAGUGUUUGAGUUCUUAUUGUUGGUCUGUUCCUUUUUAAGCCUUUGCACCUCUUCCUCCAGUUCUUGCACUCUUUUUAGGAGCUGCUCAGUCUGUUUUCUGUCUAUGUCAUUUUCAGCCAUGAUAACCCCAGGAAUAAAUGAAUCAACACAGGUCCACCCUACCUGAAAAGAGAGCACAAGGCUACAACAAUUUCAGUGCUGAUUCCUUUGGUGAUGUCAAUACUGUCAGUAUUCCACUAUGCUUAAAUUAAUUGUACCUAAGACUUAAUGCCCAAAGAAUAUAGACAUUCACUUCUGCCCAGGGAUACAACUAUGACGCUUGUUAAUAUGGGUUGGUUAUCCACCUUGUGUAUUAUUUCAAAUAUUAUUCUUUUCCACCCUAUCUGGCCAAUUCACGGGGAAAAACAAAGUAACAUCAAAAAUCAUUCGGCUAUCAUUGCUAAGGUUUGUUCUGAGUAGUCUAAAUAUAAAGUUGGGGAAAUGAAAUGCUUGUAGAUUUCAUUUCUGUGUUCUUCCUUAGCCAAAACACUGAAAGCUAAUUUUAUUCAUAUUUUUCCCCAAACAUUUCCUUUUGGUUUCUCAUUAUAUAUUUGUCCAUUUUUUCUAAUCAUAAGAUCUCUUUAUAUAGAAUACAUAUUUCUACUCUGAGGUUUAUUACUUUCCAGUAUUUCAGAUAAAAUAAAUGGCUUUUAUGUUUCACCAUCUAAUAUUCAGUUCUGUCUUAAAGGUGGUACAAUCGAAGCUAGACUAAUUGAAGAAACCUAUCAAUGAUUAUAUUUACUUCACUUUGGAAGUAGAACCUGGAGACGAGAUUUUGCCUACUUUAAGCAGUCUUGAUGGCAGAAAGAAGAAGGUCCUACAGUAUAGGGGAAUCAGUGGAAGAACUCAUGGGACCUGAUGGACAAAUAUGGGCCAACAUGGAUCCAAAAGAACAAAUGUCAGCGGCUACUACAACUUUUACCCAAAUCUGUGCAGGGCAGGGUGAGGGAGAUGUUAGGAGAGAAGCCCAUUCUACCCAGUAUGAUCCCUACAGUAAAGCUUCAGUAACCCCAGGGAAGCGACCUGCUCUUCCUGUGCAACAGCACUACUCACAUUUGGAAAGUAACAUCCCUUCAGAAAUAGCUUCAGAGGCCUCCCAAAGACUCCGGAAGCCAGUGAUGAAGAGAAAGGUGCUGCGUAGGAAGCCAGGUGGGGAAGUAUUAGUGACAGAUGAAUCAAUUAUCAGUGAAUCAGAAUCUGGUACAGAAAGUGAUAUAGAUCUCUGGGACUUAAGACAAAGGCUGAUGAACCUGCAGUUGCAGGAAGACAAGGAGUCUCCACUUGGUAUUUCACAAAAAUUUAAUCUACCACAUGAAUACCAAGGAAUUUCUCAAGAAGAUCAGCUCAUUUGCUAUCUACGAAAAGAAGGAAUGAGCCCUCCAGCUUAUGAACAAGACCUGAUCGUUGCCAGCCGUCCUAAGUCCUUCAUUCUCCCAAGGAUGGAUCAGUUAAACCGAAACCGGGCCAAAAUAGAUCGGGUAGCCCGGUAUUUUGAGUACAAACGAGACUGGGACUCAAUACGAUUACCUGGUGAAGAUCAUAGGAAGGAAUUACGCUGGGGUGUCCGAGAGCAGAUGCUGUGUCGAGCAGAACCCCAGUCCAAGCCUCAGCAUGUAUAUGUUCCAAAUAAUUACCUAGUACCAACUGAGAAGAAAAGAUCUGCCCUUCGCUGGGGUAUUCGUUGUGACCUUGCAAAUGGUGUCAUGCCCAGGAAGCUUCCCUUCUCUCUUUCUCCUUCUUAAGUCCUAUCUGUCUCUGUCCUUUCACAGGAUUGUUUGGGAUAAUAUGGGUCUUCAUAUCUCUUUUUAAAUAGAAAUGACUGGCUUUAAAAACCUUUGUAACAUUAUAGAGUAAGGACUUCACCCACUAUUGGUUUUCCCUAGCUAUAUAUCAAGUGGUAUCAGAUACCACUUACCUUCCAAAUUAACACUCUCAAAUCCAGCAACUGAAAAAAGUCAUGCCAGAGAAAGAAAAACAGACCUGGUAAUUCUUCUUUGUCAGAUUAGUAAGCAAUGUCAGUAAGCACCAUUUCUGUUCUAUAACCUUUUUUCCUUUGGCCAAUGUGAGCAGUUAUGUGUUUUAAAGUUACUCGGUAUUAAACUUAUUUAAUAAAGAAUUUUGGAAAUUCGU